AUGUCAGGAAAUAAAAAUGUCCCAAUUAUGAAGCAUAAAAAUCAUUCACCUGAAAAAGUCAAUAAUGGCCAAAAUGAAUAAGAUUCAACAUUUCUGUUAAAUCAAGUCAAUUAAGAACUUUAGUUGAACGGUACCUUAUCAGAUAUUUCAAACAUUAAUAAUAACACGAACAACUAUUCAUGCAUAAUUAUGAGAAGUAAUGAGAAAAGUAGAAGUCUUAAAAAGAAGAAGUUAGACAUCUCAAAUUAAGAAAACUAUCUCACAAAUAGCUCUUUUAUGAUUCCUCCUAAUCAGUUCAACUAAAAGUUAGAUGAAAUAGAAGCUGAUGCCUAAGCUUUAAAACGAUCUAUGCUAGAAUCAUCUCAUAUGACAAAGGAUGAUUUUAGAUCAUUUAUCGAAUAAUAAUCUACUUAAGAAAACACAAAGAGAGAAGACUCAAAGACAAUUAAGAAAUAAUUCUAAAAAUCUUAACAAAAGUAUCAGCAACUACUUAAGGAGCAUUCCACUCUUUAGCAUGAUAAUUAAAUGAAAGAUCUUUAGAUCUAAAGAUUAGUUAAAGAACUGACUGAUAUCAAAGAUGAUACCAAUGGUAAGGAUUACAAGAUUAAGCAAUUGCGGUAUGAAAAUGAUAGAUUAUUCAACGAAUGCACCAAUCUUAAAAACAUAUCAGCUUUAACUUCUAAUCCACUUGCUACAAACUCCUAUUUAUCUUAGAAUAAUCAAAUAGGCUAAGAGACUUAAUAACUACUUGAUCUUGAGCAAGAAAAUGUUCGUAAAAAGGUAAAAAGAUUAACUGGAGAAAUAGAAGUAAUGGAAACUUAUUUUGACAGUUUAUAGACACUGAUAAAAUAAUAGAUAAAUAACUCUGACAAUCUCUAAGCCAUUUAAAAGGUAUUUAGAAGUCUCUAAGAUUCUAUUGACUACUCUAAGGACCUAUUUAACUAAAGUAAAUUCAAUGUGACUUAGGGAAAGAGAGUCUAGAGAAAGAUAAGAUAUGAAAAAUUGAAAACUGAAUUCUAAUAGUUGAUUAUUUAAAUGGCACAAUCAACUCAAUUAUAAGAAAGAGAGAAGGCAUUAAAGCUAAAUUAAUCUACUUAAAGAGAUUAACUUCAGAAGUAAUAGUUAGAAUAACUUUCAAAUUAAUUAGAGCAAUAAAAGUAAGAGCACUCAAAAAGAGUGGAUUAGUAUAAAGAACAAGUACAAAGAAUGAGAGAAAAUAUUGAUCUAUUCAAGGAAAAUAUGAAAAGCUUAAAAUCACAAAACGAAGAACUCCAAAGUAGACUUAAAUCGAACUAGACUUAAAAUGAAAAUUAACAAGUAAUGACUCUCUUCAAUUGCUUGAAGGAGGAUAAUGAAAGAUUGAUAUCUGAGCUGAAAAGAUUAUAGGAUGAAAAUUCCUAGCUUCAGCACUUCUUAAGUAUUAGUAAAGAAACUAUCUAGUAGCAGAAUGGAGUAAUUACUGGACUCUAAAGUGUCAUUGAAAAUUUUUAGAAUUAAUAAAAAUAGCAAUAGAUACCUAUAAAUCACUUAAUCCCUAUGUUAGAUGUCUCUAGAAAUGACAAUAACUUUUUUACAACAACUAAGUAUCCAUCAGGGAAAAUUUCAUCAACUAUAAAUGAUUCUGCUAGAAAUAAUUCUGUUUAGAGUCAAGAACGUAGUAGAAGCUGCGGUUCUGGAAUAGAUAAAUCUAUUUAUAGAAUGCAAUAAGUAGCCCACUAAACAGGAAAUAUUUAGCCUGCAUUGCUCCAUCAAUCUACUGUAUUACCACCAUAACUUCUCACUUAAAAUCUUCAGAUUCUUAGUGGGGAUAUGACAAAUACAAGUAUAAAUGACUUAAAUCCUAUCAGUCCUGAAUAUCAAAGUCUUAGUAUGCAGAUGGUCAAUGAUACACAAUAAUUAAGAAGGUCUUUCUCUAAUAUAUCUUAAUAGAGCCUUCAGCUUAAGAAAGCAAAUAAGCAGAUUACUUAGUAGCUAAGAUUGUAAAACUAGAAUUAUGUUCAAAUGCCCAGUCAAACAUAAAUACCAGGAGAAAUAUUCAAAAGAUAGCAAGAGAAUUUUGACCAUGAUGGCUCUGUAAUAUUAAGAAGUAAUUCAGGCUUAAAUAUAUCUUAAAAUUAUGGAACUAACUAAUUGAAUAAAUCAUCAGGAGGAAAUGUUAAUGAUACUAGUAUUCUAGUGAAUGCUUAAGAUUAGAGCUGCUUUAAUGACUCCUUCAUUAGAUAUUUAGCAGCAGACUAAAAAUUAAACAACACCAAUAUGAGCGCUUUGCACGAAACUCAUCAUGAAAUUUAAAAUUACAAGAGAGGAAACACUAUGAUUAAUCCUAAUUAGAGUAUCCAUGGUAUCCUUGAGGUCUGUGCAAGUCCUAUGACUGCUAGAUUUAGCUCUUUCUAAAAUCAUCUCUAAAAGCAUAAGAACGUACUUUUGGCAUCUGAUUUGAGUAGAUAAAACAUUUAAGAAAAUACCAAGAAUUUAUUGGGAGAAAUCUCAGAUAUAGACCAAGAGAUUGUUGCCCUCUAGGGUACUUUGUUUAGUGCAAUGGGAACAUCUCAAGAUUAAUUAGAAAGAAAUGAUAAUUAAUCAUAGAUUUUAAUUUCAGAAGGGAACUUGCUUGAUGAGACAUCAGCUAACAAUGGGUAAAACAAUAUCUACGGAAAUAAUUAUAAUCUCUAGAAUAGCAGGUAUUAAACCAGUGGGGAAAAUAUUACUAACCCUAAUAUUCACUUAAGCAGCAACAGCACAAAUAACCCUCAUAAUACUCACCAUUUUAGCAAUUAAAUUAACUUCAAUAAUUUGACCAGUUCACAAGGGUGUUUGGCUUCAAACACUGAAGAGGAAGUUCAAAGAACUAUAGACUUCGAAAACAAUCAAAAUGUAAACGACUUCUCAUUAAUCGAUGAGUAUGAUAGAAACUAAAAUGACGAUUGUCAAUAAUGA